AUGGCUACAACUGAUUGGAAUUAAAACAACAACUCUAAUCAUUAAAUAUUGAGUCACAGAAGCUAAGUAAAUAAUCCAAUUCCCUAAGGAACAAAGACUAUUAUGGAUAUAUUGCCAGAUCCGAGCACAUACUAAAAGCUCAAUAAUAGUCCAAGCAUGAAGAGUAAUCAUUUAUUUAUGAGUUUUGAUAGUGAUGUAAUUAACAAGUUACAAGAAGCCAAUGAAAAAUUCUUUUAGAGAGUUGCUGAACUUGAGUCAAUAGUUUCACAAGCAGUUGAAAAGACUUAGAAAGAGCUAAAGGAAGCAUCCAUAAAAAAUAUCACCACUCAUAGAGAGCCACAGUUUGGAGAUGUCCCAGAUGUUUAGUCUAGAAACUCAUUGCUGAAAUAGAUGCAAAAAUAAAUAAAAGCAUAGCAAAGAGAAAUUAUAUCUUUGAAAAACAAACUUGAGGCAUUAACAAGCACUGAAAAAGUAACUGAAAUGGAAAAUAUGGUAUUAAAUCUUGAGAGAUAAAAUAAAGAAGCUAAAAAGCAAGUCAAAGUAAUUAACUCUAUAAAUUAGGAUCAGAAAAAGGCAAUGCAGAUGCUAAGCAAAGACACUGAAUAUGAAGAAUAAAUGUUUUAACUUAAGAAGGAGCUAGUUAGAUGGAAAGAGAAGCACACUAUGCUUUUUCAAUAUAAGAAGGAAGAAGACUAAUUUUUCAAAUAGAAGUUUGAGCAGUUAGUUUCCGUUUAAGAAAAUAGACAUAAAAUUAAGGAGUCUAUUAUCUAAGUAAAAUACAAUCCAAAUCUGAUUCUUGAUGACACCUCCAGAAUUUAGAGUAAAAGUUUAAUUCAACCUACUAAAAGACUCUAGCGUGCAGGCUCUUAGGCAAUGAUUAGAUAAAAUAAAGAUAAAAAGUACUACUUGUAGAAACGAGAUUUUGAGACCUAAGAAAUGGAAUUAUCUCAUGAAGUAGACUCUCUAAUGUAUUAAAUAACUACUGUUGAUAGGCAGAACCAGUAAAUGCUAGAAGAAAUAAAGGAAUGUCAAAACAUUUAAAAGUAAAUGAAUUUGUAGUAGUAAAAUCAACCUUAGUCAGAUCUUCAUAGAAGAAAUGUAUCAUCUUAGCUUAAAUAAAUAUAAGAGUCAAAUCGAGACAAAUAAAGCAGAGGCAUUCCUAAUGUCAAGCAAAAUCCUAAAAAAUAUAAUUAAGAUAUUACUAAAAUGCAAUAAUAAUCGAACUAUCAAUUGGCUACACAAAAUGAUUCAGCUUAAGAAGAAUAUUUUGAGACCAUAGAUAGUAUGAAUGAUAGAGAAAUGGGACAUGCUUCUUAAUUAUAAGUUAACGGAAGAGAAAGUCCUCCAAAAGAACUCGAUAGUUAGGUCACUUUUAGGAAGCCAAAGAAGUAUGAGCAAGUUAUGAUGAAUGACAAGGCAACUAAAACACCUUUAAAAAGUGGGCUUAAUAAAGUAUAAUCUCAUAAGCGUAUAUGA